AACCAUCAACCCACAAUUUCGCUCCUCCUCACAAGUCGCCGACACCAUUCACCUCUUGUCGCUUCCUCGCCUGUUCUCCAUCGCGCUCCGCCACACCCUGCUCCAAUUUCGCAGAAGCGUCUUCCAACCACUAGAGAACAUCCGCAUCAACCCGAGUCCGUUCAUCGAUACCGUCGCCGGCGCAAUGUCUGCGACACCUUUUUCUUCCUCGUUCCCCAUACGGGCGUCGCGGUCUACUCCUACAAUAGCCCCCACUACGUUAGCACUUGUCGCAUGCGACCCCAGACAAUUGGCCAACGACAUACACUUCAUCGAGGCUAAGAUCCCGAUUUCGGCGAACACAGGCACCUCCGGAUUUAUAAAGUUCUUACAUGCGCGCACUACUCAAGCUUCCAACAAUCAUCCGAACAGUCAAAGAGUGGCCGAUAGUUCUAUUUCUACUGCUGUGACUACUGCGACUGCUGUCCGAGAGGCGGCGGCUCUCUACAGUGAUUCGUCGCGCACUCCCUCCCAGGUUGCCGAUUCCCGCGAUAGUAGCGCUGGCCCCUCCACCGCGCCGACGACACCCCCAGAUUCCCAGGCCGGCAGCGUUAAGGACGAUGGCAUCGAUGAGGAUAACAAUGCGAUACCCCAGCAGAAACCCCCACAUAAGAGGGGCAAGCCGGAGGAAGAGUCAGCUGAGAAGGCGAAGAAGUCCAAGUCCGCUAGCAGCAGCAGCAGCAGUGAGACGACGGAAGCGGAAGUGAUAAAGAAGAAGGAGAAGCAGGUGGUCGCAACCAAACCUGAAGCUUCAGAGAAGCCGGAGAAGGAACAUACCUCUUCACGGAAGGAAAAGACAUCUACCCCGGCCAAGCGAAAGGCCGCCGAUGAUGAAGAUGCGCUCAGUGCCCCAUCACCCCGACGCAUCAAGGUCCAGGCUAAUGCCGAAACCCAUAAGCCCGCCAGCAGCAGCAGCGGCAGUCAGACUUCGGGAGCGGAAGUUGUGAAGAAGAAGGAGAAGCAGAUUGUCGGAACCAAUCAUGAAGCUUCGGAGAAGGAACCUACCUCUCCAAGAAAGGAAAAGGCAGCCACCCCGUCCAAGCGAAAGGCCGCUGACGAUAGCGAUGCGCUCGGCGCUCCGUCACCCCAACGCAUCAAGGUCCAGGUCGAUGCCGAAGCCAAUAAGAAGGUCAAGGUCAAGGGUAUCCUGAACCCUCAUUUCCUCUGCUACAGGAACUCGGCUCUGCAGCUCCUCGCCAGCUGUAAGAUUUUCCGCGACGAAUUGGCCAAGCACCGCGUAAGCGGCUGUAAGGUGAAGGGUGCCUGUGUGGCCUGUGGCCUGGCCACGUUCUUCGCCGACCAUUUUUGGAAUGGCAAGGCGAAGUUCGCGACCAAUCCCACCAAGCCGGUUGCAGGCUUUAAGCAAGCACUGCCAAAACCCUUCAACAAGUUGCAGGGACAGGAGGAUGCCUUUGAGUACAUCACUGCGGUGUUGUCGACCAUCGAGGACCAGUUGACUAAGGGUCUUCCGGAAUCUGAGAAGAAGGCGCACCCUGUGUACCGUGCCUUCAAUGGCUGCUUCCCCUCGGUUGUGAAGUGCUCCGUGUGCGGACACGAGAGCUCCAACAACAACGAGGGGGUGUCGAUGGUGAUGGAGCCACUGGCACCGAGGUCCGAGCGAGAGGUGAUCCCUCUCCACACCAAGUUGGUACAAUACUUCCGGGCGGAGGAAGUGGAGUACCGGUGUGAGAGGUGUAACAAGCCUGGUGGCAUGGCCACCAAGAGGGUUACCAUUCGCUCGGGGCCGGAGUUCCUGCUGGUGAACAUUGCCAGGCACAAGCCUGCGCGGAUGGCGUGGAAGAGGGGGGGAGCCAAGGUUAGAAACCACGUCUCGUUUAACGAGAAGUUGGCUCUCCCCGAGGUGGGACCCGACGGCAAGAGGAAGACGGUCAACUACGAGCUCCAGUCCGUGCUCGCGCACGCUGGCUCGACCAUGUCCGGGGGCCACUACAUCUCCUACGUCCAGCAGCCAGACGGCACAUGGGCCGAAUGUAACGACGAGAGUGUGAGGGAAGUUCCCGUCAAGACGGUCCUGUCGUGCGAGGACGGCCACUUCCAGGCCUGCGUCCUCGGCUACUCGAAGGUGUCGAAACGGGCCCCCUGCACUCUCAUCGGAGCUGCGCAGAGAUAAUCGCGCUUUUUUUUUCUUCUUUUUUUCCCCUUUUUUUUUCUUUUUUGAUAACCAUAUCCGGGGGGUUGAUACCUGUGAAAAAAAUUUCUUUUUUUUCUGUGGCUAUAAUCUUUUUUUACAAUUCCACAUCCCGUUUUCUUACCUUCUUUCUUUCUUCCGUUCUUUCUUUUUCUCUUCGGAGUAAUCUUCAUUUGGCAUAUGGGAGGCGGGCGGGCGGGCGGUUUUUUGUUCGU